CCCACCGCAGGAUUUAAAAGUGUGUCUCACAGCCCCCGGGGCCGGCCCUCUGCAGCCACUUGCUUUGGGCUCCAAGACAAGCACUCAUCAGCGGGUGCGUCUGGGCUGCCACAGUGAAAAUGUUUAGUGUCAUCGGCGACCCAUACACAUCCAGGGGACCCCACUAACGCACGCAGGCUGGUGUGUCGGGGGCGGGGGCAGGAAGCCUGGAGCAAGGUCUGACCUAGGUGUGUGUGUGCGCACACGUCCGAACAGCUGACCACACGUGUGUGUACUUGAAGGAGAGACUUGAGUUUUGGUUUUUGUUUUGGUUCCUGGGGUGAAUUUUCUGCUGAACGUUUCCCCCUUCUUAUUUAUUUAUUUAUCUUUUUUUUUUUUGCAUUUUUAAACAAAUCUGAAUAUAAAAAAGUGUGAGAAUCCAAACUUUGAAAAGACCGAGGCGCACAGCAGCGGACGGCAGAUGGAUCCCGUGGCCAGCAGCUGUCUGAGGCACCCCCAGCCCCCGGGUCCCGGCUGGGGCUGCCUUCGAAAUCCCCACGCUGAAGCCAGUGGGGGCUCAGGGCUGCCCCACUAUCCGCCAACGCCGUUCUCCUUCCACCAGAAACCCGACUUCCCGGCGACAGCGGCGGCAGCGUACCCCGACUUCUCGGCCUCCUGCCUGGCAGCCACCCCACACAGCCUUCCCCGGGAGGAGCGCAUCUUCACUGAGCAGCACCCCGCUUUCCCACAGCCCCCCGACUGGAACUUCCCCAUCUCAGAGGCCCGGCGCAGGCUCAACCCGGGCCCAGCUGGGGGCUCCAGGGAGAUGGGGGCCAGCAGCCCAGGCCUGGUGGACACCACGGGAGGCCCCGGCGAGGACUACGAGGUCCUCGGGAGCACUGCCCAGGAGACGGAGAAGAAGUCAACCAGACGGAAAAAAGAGAGUUCAGGUCAAAGUGUGGUUCCAGAACCGGAGGAUGAAGUGGAAGCGUGUGAAAGGGGGUCAGCCUAUCUCUCCCAAUGGGCAGGACCCCGAGGAUGGGGACUCUGCCGCCUCUCCAAGUUCAGAGUGAGAUUCUCCACGGAGAAAGACAGACUGAGGACCAAGCCCCCUACCCAACUACCCACACCCCUGUCCUCACCCCAAUCCCGCCUUCACCCUCUCCCACCCACCCCAGGGCAACCUCUCUACGUCUUGCAAUAACUCUUAAGCACGAAGCUGUCCAGCAUCCCUGGGAGACUGGAAGUUUUCCAGAAAGUUCUAUCCAGUUUUGCUCUGUCUUAGCAGCCCCUUCCCAAGGCCUUUGCUUCUCAUAGUUCUCAUGGAAUCAUACAGCAGCCCGACUGGACCCAUGCAAAUCUGGGGAACAGCUCCAGGCACACUGCUGCUCGGGGUGUCUCGGCUGCUGCCCCCUCUCCUGCUACCACCUCCCUCCGACACCAGUGAGCCCUCCUUCAGGCCUGGAUACCACCUGAUCUGCUGGGAGAGGAGCCUUGGGACCAGCUAGUGACCUGGGAAAGCAAAUGCUCCAAAGGAAGGAAAUGACUAGAACACACCUACACACACACUCUAGACCACCCUUCCUUUCUGGGUUCUGUAUCUGAGGCUUUGGGGAGCCCUCAGGUGUCCCAAAACCCCAGGGAGAAUCAGUAUGAGGAGAGUUGAGAAGAGAAACUCAGCUGCUGCUCAUCAGAAACCCAGUCCAAAGUUGUUGGCUAAGUGAGUAAGUUUGUAACACGGGCUGGAGGAAGACUGUCGGAAAAACAGCUGGUGUGGGUGGUCCCCAUGCGGGCCUGUUCACACGGGCUUGACUGCGUGGCUGAGAACAGACCCAGGACAGCUCCUGCCUCUUCGGAGUCAAAUUGGGGACACAGCUGGGACUGCUGAGCUGUGCCCCUGAGCCACAGAACAGCUGUUCUUCUUAAGGCCACAGUUUGGGGAUUGAACACCUAUCCAGAUGCUCACAUUUUUGAGUUGAGGGCUGGAAAGUGUCCCCCAUGUUCUGAGGAUGAAGAGAUCGUACUAAGCCCUGUGAGUGACAGCCUGGAAAUGUGGAACCUUGCUGUGGAAGUAGCCUGUGCUUUCAACAGACUCUGUCUGCAAAUGGGGACAAAAAAAACAAUCCCCUUUCUCCACAGAAUGCAUCUGAGCCCUUCCAGUGUGUUCCAUGAUUGCUGUUAGGACAGGAGGAGCUGCUAAGCUUAUGUAUGAGGACCACCCAGAUCUUUUGGGGUGACGCUCCAGGACAGACGGCCAGACAGCCUGGGGUGACCUGAGCCUUGGAGAGAGACCCCCGUCGGCCUCAGUGCUGUGUCUCCCGAUACCAACUGGAGUUGCAGAGGGAGGUCAGCAAGAGUUUGGAGCUCUUGUGUGUAGAUUCAGUCACUCAGAUGUAAAAAGAACCCCAGGUCCCCAUCCUGAAAGGACAACAGCUCUGGAAAAUGAUUGCCAAAUGAGAUGGCUGGUUAGAGCACGUGUCAUUUUUUUUCUAAAGCAUAUUUCAUAUAUUUUCUUAAGAUUACGUCAAGUUAACGGUGCAAGGUUAAUUCACUUAGUAAGAAAACUCUUGGAGAAAUAAAAUCAAUAGAAGAGGAUA